CUCGAUCACCUCUGAGGAAUUUCCCUUCCAUUCUUCGCCACUUUCUCUUCUUUUGACGCGUUCUUUAAUUCACGGUGCAUCUGAUCAUGAACCUCCAGAACAUUGUGGAACCUGUGACGACAAAAGCAUCGCGACACUCGCAAGGCUCCAGGUUGUCACGUAGCGGCACUUGGAACUCUUGCAAAGAUGAAAUCUACAGAGUAUAUAUGACGGAGAGGAACACGUUACCAAUGACCAUGGAAUUGUUUCAGACACAAUAUGGCCUCAAAGCAUGUGCACGGACAUGGAAGUCGAAGCUCAAGGAAUGGAAGUUCGACAAGUAUUUGGUUGAUAGAGAGAAGGAUGUCUCAAUCGCGAAGGUAGCUAAAAGGAGAAGGGAGGGUAAGACGACGGCUCUCCUUCGUGAGGACCGACAGAUCAGUCCCGGAAGGCUUGCCGAUUUUAAGCGGAGGAAAAGGGAGAGUAGUGUUGUGGUAGUAUCUCCAAGUACUGAAACCGCAGAAGACUUGGCAUGCCAUUCCCCAUUGAACGGAGAGGAAGCCACUACGCACGGAGUCAUAAAUCAGAGGCCGUCUAGUCAGCAUCAAGAUUCCGAUUCAACAUUGGUUGGCAUAUCACGUGCAGCUUCUCUCAACUGGUUCAAGACAGUGGCGAACGAUAGUAGCCUGUUCUUAUCGGCUCGCGCCGCUGGUCUGGUGCGGAUUUUAGUCAAAGAUCUUGAGGACGAGCUCGAAAGAACAGAGCAGAAUGGGGAACCCAUCAAUGCCUCUCUUUGGUGGAAUUUCGGUACGUCAGGAAUCAAUGUUUGGUGUGAUUAUUGCCUGAAGAUAAUUGGUGAUCAAGUAUUGUAUGAUUGCCAUACAUGCCCAGACCUUACCGGAGGUAACUGGGUAAUAUCGUACUGUUUUGAGUGUAACUACAGCAAGAAAACUCUUUGUCAGGCCGAAAACCACCAAUUAGUGCGCGAUGACUGUUUUAAAUCCUCCAGAUGUCUCGAUGCAGCAUAUCCGGACCUGGAAAGAUGGUGCGAUGCGGUAGAUUGCGGAAAGAAGAUCUCGGGGCUUUACUUUCACUGUUGUAUAUGCGACAGUGACAAUUUUGAUCUCUGCUUACAAUGCGUUAUGGGAGGCCGCGUAUGUCAGGAUAUGGGUCACGUUCUUUCACCUGGUGUGAGACCAAUAGAGAGAGAGAUAGGCUGUGAAGAAGCUUGCACUCAGAUAUAGUCAUGAGACCAUUUACUUCUAGCUUGAGGAUUUUUCUGAGAGCUGCUUCAAGUCACCGAAGUUGAAUUUAUGUCUCUACUUUAUAAUUUUUACCAACUGUACGAAACCAUCUCCAAGUAGACCGUCUAAGUCUCAAGCUCUAAUUGGUGCUUGGCUUUCGGAAUAAAAACCUUUUUUGCCCUCUUAA